GUGACGAUUUUGUGUGCGCUGGUAUGGUUGCGGAUGAAGGAGAUGAUGGGCUUGAUGAUGAAGUUUUGGUGGCGUUUGUGGAGGAGGUAGAAGCAAGUUAUAAGGCAAGGAUGGCUGAAAGGGUGGAUAAGGAUAAACAGGGGGUGUCCACAAUAGUUCCGUUGGUGGACAAGUAUAAUCAGGGGUUGUCCACUAGUAUCCCGUUGGUGGAGAAAGAUACUCAGGGGGUGUCCACAAGAGCUCCGUUGGUGGACCAGGAUAAUCAGGUGAUGUCCACUACAGCUGCGUCGUCAGACAAUGAGAUUGGAUUGGACAAUAAUUGUGAAGCGGGUCUAUAUGAGGUUAGUGUGGUUGAUAAGGAUAAACAGGGGGUGUCCACAAUAGUUCCGUUGGUGGACAAGUGUAAUCAGGGGUUGUCCACUAGUAUCCCGUUGGUGGAGAAAGAUACUCAGGGGUGUCACAAGAGCUCCGUUGGUGGACCAGGAUAAUCAGGUGAUGUCCACUACAGCUGCGUCGUCAGACAAUGGGAUUGGAUUGGACAAUAAUUGUGAAGCGGGUCUAUAUGAGGUUAGUGUGGUUGAUAAGGAUAAACAGGGGGUGUCCACAAUAGUUCCGUUGGUGGACAAGUGUAAUCAGGGGUUGUCCACUAGUAUCCCGUUGGUGGAGAAAGAUACUCAGGGGUGUCACAAGAGCUCCGUUGGUGGACCAGGAUAAUCAGGUGAUGUCCACUACAGCUGCGUCGUCAGACAAUGGGAUUGGAUUGGACAAUAAUUGUGAAGCAGGUCUAUAUGAGGUUAAUGUGGUUACUGCAUUAGAACCUGAUCACAAUGUAAUGGUGGGUGACCAUGUUGAGGUGGUGGUCAAUGGGGAAGAUUGGCUUUGUGAUGUACCGGUUUCUGAUAUGAGAGAGAUGGGGGACAAUAUGAUUAAUGUAGACAUAGUCAAAUAAAGUGGUGAUGUUGUAGGUCCAUUGUCCACUGUAGAAGUAGCAGUGGACAAUCUCAUAGUUGGGGAUAGCAGUCCAGAAUAUGAUUACGAUGAGUGGACUGAACGGAUUAACAAAGAGUAUCCUCCGGAUUGGGAUCCUAACAUGGAGAGGACGGGUGUAACUGAUGAUGAAGAUUAGGGUGUGGUUCUUGUAGAGGGGAACUCUAGCGGCAUCCCAAUGAACAAUGCGAUAGUAGCAGUGGGUUCAUCGUCUGGUUAUCAAUGUUGGGAUGCUGAUUUUGUUGAUUUUGUUGGAGGACUUGUGAUAGAUGAAACUGACCCUUUAUUGUUGAAUGACGCUCCACCAUGCCAUGAUAAUAUGAGAGGCUUGCCAAGCCAUGAAAGAAACAUGGAUUUCAAAUGAGCGGGUGAUGCAAUCUAUGUAGGUAUAAUAUUUUUCGAUAAGGCCGAGAUGCACAAUGCGCUAUCACUUUAUGCUAUGAAGAGGAUUUUCUGCUUCCGUAUAGUUGCUUCCGACAAAACGAGAGUAAUUGCAGCCUGCGUGGACAAGAAUUGUGGUUGGAGGGUUUAUGCUGUCACUCUUCCAAACACCUUGAAUUUGGAAGUGAGAACUGUUACAAUGGAACACAACUGUGACGUUACGGCUAGGUCUAGAUAUGGUUCUAAAGCAACGGCGAAGAUAUUGGCUGGACUUUUGCGAGGGAAAUUUGCAAAUGGGAAAAAAGGACCAAGGGCAUGCGAGUUACCAGAAAUGGUAUUGUCAGAGUUGAACGUAAUGAUAUCGUACAUGAAAGCCUGGAACGCUAAGGAAUUGGCUGUUAAUGCUACACGUUGACAGAAAUUUGAAGCUUCCUUCUUCAGUUCCUCGUGUAGCUAAAAAUUUGAACGCUAAGGAAUUUCUGAACGCCGCAAUGCAAAAGGCUGUUGAUUAUCCGAUAGUGUCAAUGGUAGAGUUCAUAAGAGCAAUGUUGAUGAGGUGGUUUUGGUGUAGAAGGACAUUCGCUGGGAAGACAAGGACAAGGUGUACACCAGAAAUUGAAGAAUUGUUGAUUGACCAUCUGAAGGAGUCACUCAAUUGUGCGGUCAAUGGAGCUACUGACUGGAUUUACCAAGUGAACGACGAGAUUGGGUGUGAGUUUAUAGUUGACCUUGAGAAAAAAACAUGUACUUGCAGGGUUUUUGACGUACUUAUGGUACCUUGCUGUCAUGCUCUGGCUGCUGGUCGAAUAAGAAACAUUGACCCAUACACACUUAUAAGCCGCUGUUAUUUCGUUGGACCAUGGAGGGAAAAGUACAAAGGAUUUUUAAUGCCUCGUCCAAAUGAGAAAGACGUGGACAUCCCAGAAGAAUUGACAGAGGUACCUGUAAACCCACCAAGGACAAAGCGGCAGGGGGGAAGGCCAAAAAAGAGAAGGAUUCCAUCACAGGGUGAAGUUCAUCACAAGAAGAAGGGAGUAACAAAAUGUGGGAGAUGUUUUGGACAAGGUCACAACAGGAAAACAUGCUCGACGCUAAUUUGAAGAGAUGAAGAUUGGUUAAGGAAGUGUUUUUUGGCAUUCCAUUUUUUGGAUGCUGAUGGAUUUUUCACUAUGAGUCCCUUAUUAUUUUGUCUACUAUGGUUGUAAGAUUUAAUGUCCUUCAGCAUUUGGGAAAUCAAAUUGGGUAGUAUGGCAUUUGGGAAAUCAAAUUGGGUAGUAUGGCUGUUAUUUUGGGGGAUAUGGAUGUAAGACUCUUUUGGCUAUUAUGGUUGUAAGAUUUAGUCGACAAACACCUUUGGCUAUGGUUAUUAUGGUUGUAAGAUUAUUUUGGGGAUAUGGUUGUAAGAC